AUGAAGCUGAUCCUCUAUUCUGUGUCUGAUGGUCCCCCAUCUUUGGCUGUCCAACAGGCUUUGGCUUAUUUGGAUUUGGACUACGAUUUGGUGAACGUAGAUUUUGGUGCAGGAGAUCACAUGACGGCGGAAUUUGAGAAGAAAAAUCCACAGAAGGAAAUUCCUGUUCUUGAUGAUGAUGGCUUUCUUCUAGGAGAGAGUAAUGCAAUUCUACAAUAUCUUGCUGAGAAAUAUGGAAAGGAUGGAACAUUGUAUCCAUCAGAUCCGAAAUCCAGAGCAGUGAUCAAUCACAGAUUAUGUUUCAACUUAUCAACUUACUACAGAUACAUAUCAGAAUAUAGCAUGGCACCAAUAUUUUUUGAUUAUCAAAGAACACCAUUAGCUUUGAAGAAAGUGAAGAUAGCGCUGGACAAUUACAAUACGUAUUUGAAGAGACUGGGAUCCAAAUAUGCAGCUGGAGACAACGUGACAAUUGCCGACUUCCAGCUGAUAACAGCAACGAUGUGCCUUGAAGCUAUCAACUUCGAUAUCAAAUCGUGGCCACUCGUGGACAAGUGGUAUAGAACAUACAAAUCAGAAAAUCCAAAAUUAUGGAAAAUUGUUGAAGGGGGCAUGAAAGAAAUCGCAGAAUUUGAGAAAAAUCCGCCAGAUUUGAGUCACAUGGACCAUCCCAUCCAUCCAGUGAGAAGGAAAUAG